AUGCCAACCAUUUUUAAGUUUGAUUGGCCUUACCAAGUCGAGUCUUCAAGUUCCAAGGGAAAGUGGGCACUUUAUCUCCUCGAUGUUCCCACUGUUACGAUGCAUAACACUGAUGGAACAGUGGAUAUAAGAAGGUGUCAUGUUGAGAGAAAAAUCGAACACGUUAAUCCUUUGGACAACAUCAAACUCAAUACGAAAUACACCACGCAGGAGACGGUAUCCACGCGAAAUACGAUCAAACAGCGUGUGCUUUUCAAGAGAGGCACAGAAGCGUUGAAAAUUGGAGAAGCAGACUUUUUGCGAAGACGAAUUGAGCCUCAUAAGAGGAAGGAAAAUGGCGUUGACGUCUCAGUUGUGACAAUUGGAUGUGUUGAAAAGACUGCCAAGUGUUUCUCCGUUACGUGUCAUUUCGACUUUAUCGACGCUAAUUCAGCACCUAUGAUUGAUUUCCGAGCUCGCUUAUGGAAUUCUACUUUUAUACAGGAUUACUCGGAUGUGGAGUAUGUCGAAAUAGCGUCUUUUGGAAGAAUAGAGUUGGAUACGAGUCAAGGGAUUGAAGAUGAUCCUUCAAACAAUGCAGUAAGCGCGAAAACUGUCGCAUAUCCAGACAGGCCCGCACUCGGUUCCCGUCCUGUUCCAUGGUGGUUAAUACUAGUCAGCAUUCUCAUUGGUUUGCUGAUCCUUCUCAUCGUCGUGUUGAUACUUUGGCGUUGUGGUUUCUUCAAGCGAAAGAAGUAUGGCGAACCAAGCCUUUACCGUGCUGAAUUACAACACGAAAGGGAGCAAUGGAAUCAGACCCAGAUGUAG